AUGGGCAGUCCAGUGCACCGAGUGUCAAUGGUGGAUACCUGGAGCCGGCAGGUGCACCCUGACAUAGACAGUGAGAGGUAUGUGCAGUCCUUCGAUGUGGAGCGGCUCACCAACAUCCUUGACGGAGGUGCCCAGAACACUGUGCUCCGGAGGAAAGUUGAGAUGAUCAUCCACAGUAACCCAGAGUUUAACAGGGUGGACAAUUAUUUCAUGACCCAGAAUGAGCGUUAUCAGGCUGCCGUGAAGAAGACAUUCCACCUCCAGAUGAUAGCACAGCGUCUGGGCUGGUUGGAAGGUGGUCGUGAACUAGACUACGCAUACAGAACCCUUUCUGGAGACCUGACCUUAAAUCUACACAGAGUCUUUCAGAAAGCCCUCAGGAGCCUGGGCUCAGAUGAGCAGAUCGCCAAAUGGGACCCACUCUGCCAAAAGCUCCAGAUCAUCACAACAUAUGCCCAGACAGAACUGGGACAUGGGACAUACCUUCAAGGUCUGGAGACUGAAGCUACCUAUGAUGCAACCACCCAGGAGUUUGUGAUACACAGCCCCACGAUGACUGCUACCAAAUGGUGGCCUGGGGACUUGGGACGGACGGCCACCCACGCCCUUGUCCAGGCCCAGCUGAUCUGCUCAGGAGCCCCACAGGGCAUGCAUGCCUUCAUUGUGCCCAUCCGGAGUCUUGAGGACCACACUCCGCUACCAGGAAUCACUGUUGGGGACAUCGGGCCCAAGAUGGACUUUGACCAAACAGACAAUGGAUUUCUGCAACUGGACCACGUGCGGAUCCCCAGGGAGAACAUGCUAAAUCGCUUUGCACAGGUCCUGCCAGAUGGCACUUACACCAGGCUUGGAACAGUACAGAAUAACUAUCUGGGCAUGGUGGUAGUGCGGGUGGAGCUGCUGCUGGGCGAGGUCCUCCCACUGCUGCAGAAGGCCUGUGUCAUCGCCAUGCGCUACUCUGUCAUCCGCCGCCAGUCCCGGCUGCGGCCCAGGGACCCAGAGGCAAAAGUCCUAGACUACCAGACACAGCAGCAGAAACUCUUUCCUCCAUUGGCCAGGUGCUAUGCCUUCCACUUCCUGGCUGUCAGCCUUUUGGAAUUCUUCCAGCACUCAUACACUGCCAUUCUAGAUGGAGACCUCAGCUCCCUGCCUGAGCUCCACGCACUGACCUCAGGUAUGAAGGCCAUGGUAUCAGAGUUUUGCACCCAGGGAGCCGAGACGUGCCGCAGGGCCUGUGGUGGACAUGGCUACUCAAAGCUGAGUGGUCUGCCCUCUCUGGUCACCAAAGUGGCAGCUUCCUGCACCUACGAGGGUGAGAACACAGUGCUCUACUUGCAGGUGGCCAGGUUUCUGGUGAAGAGCUACCUGCAGGCUCAGGUUUCCCCCAGCUUAUCACAGAGGUCUCUCCCUCAGUCUGUUGCGUAUCUCACUGUGCCUGACCUGGCCAGGUGCCCCGCCCAGCAAGCAGCCGACUUCCUCUUUCCAGAGCUCUACACCACGGCCUGGGCACACGUGGCAGUCAGGCUUAUAAAGGACUCAGUACAUCAUUUACAGACCCUGACGCAAUCCGGGGCUGACCAGUAUGAGGCCUGGAACCAGACCACUGUCAUACAUCUCCGGGCGGCUAAGGCACACUGCCACUAUGUCAUUGUGAAGACUUUUAAAGAAGCUCUGAAGCAACUAGAAAAUGAACCAGCGAUUCACCAGGUGCUCAAGCGCCUCUGUGACCUCCACGCCUUACAUGGUAUCUUGACUAACUCAGGUGACUUUCUCUAUGAUGGUUUCCUGUCUGGGGCCCAAGUAGACACGGUGAGAACAGCCUACCUGGACCUGCUCCGCCUGAUCCGGAAGGAUGCCAUCUUGUUGACUGAUGCUUUUGACUUCACCGAUCAGUGUUUAAAUUCAGCACUUGGCUGCUAUGAUGGAAAUGUCUAUGAACGCCUGUUUCAAUGGGCUCAGAAGUCACCAACCAAUACUCAGGGAAACCCUGCCUAUGAGAAAUAUAUAAAACCGCUAUUACAAAAUCAGAGAUCCAAGCUAUGAAAUAACCAACAGUAUUCAAGAAGCAAGCAGCACUACUGUGUGAUAAUACUAUGACAUAUACAUAAAAAUAAAAUUUGAAAUUA